UACAGCGCUAAAAUGUCAUUUGUCAAUCAGUGUGCGAGUACCGGCCACAGUUGAAGUUAAUAGCACAGAUGCGAUAGUUUGUUAGCCGCUUUCGUACACACCGAAUGCGAAUGCGUAUGCGAAAGUGUAAAAGUCACAAAUCGCAGCUAAUUAGUGUCCAAAAACCCAUACAAACGUAUGCACGUACGUUCAAGCAAAGUCAAUUUGCAAACAAAAAAUGUGAGAAGUGGGGGACGAAAAUAAAAGUGUAAAAAAUUUAAUUAAUUCACUAAAUUUGGCAAAUCAUUAUUAAAAUUGUUUUUGUCAAAAGCAAAUGUUAGUAAAUGUACUUGAAUGCAGUAUUUGGUGAAAUAAUGCAAAAAAAAAAAUGGUGAUAUGAAAAAAUGUGAGAAUUCUCAAAAUAUAUGAAAGCGCCAAAAAAAAUAAUUGAAGUAAAAAAAAAAGAAUUUGCCGAACAAGUACGCCUUGUAAAGGAGAGAAUAUAAACACACAAAACAAAAAAAAAAUUAAAAACAGAUUAAAUUUAAAAUGUAUCGUCCCGCUUUAAUACAGUUAAAUUUUAUGCCGGAGCAACGUAUACAAAUACCCAGCACCUCAAAUUGCUGUAAGAUUUGUAAAAAAGUGCCAGAAAGAAAGAAGCGCAGCCGGGAGGCUAACAAGGACGUCUCUGACACCAGCUUUGUUAACCCCACCACCCCCAACACAACCUUCACGAAUUCCCCUGCAUCUCUAGUUCCAUCUACCGAGUGCCACAUUAUGCUCGCCAAUACAACACCAGCGCUGCAAGAUCCCGCCGCUCAAAAUCCUAUUGCCAGCAACGGCACCCAACCACAGAUUGGUGGCGCUAUUGCGCAAAGCCGCCGACUUACAAUGCGUCGUCUGUGUACUUUGCUGCUGCUUUGUACUCUAUUUUCUGUUGCAGAGGGCUGCGGUCCGGGGCGGGGUAUUGGUGGGCCUCGAAAAGGUCGCAAACUUAUGCCACUAGUUUUCAAGCAACAUGUGCCGAAUAUGUCCGAGCGAACGUUGGGUGCCUCCGGUCUCAAUGAGGGCGCCAUCAAACGUGAUUCGCCUAAAUUUAAGAAUUUGGUACCAAAUUACGAUAAGGAUAUUAAAUUUAAGGAUGAUGAAGGUACCGGCGCGGAUCGUCUAAUGUCAAGGCGCUGCAAAGAGAAACUCAGUGAACUGGCUGUUUCUGUGAUGAAUCAAUGGCCCGGCGUAUUUUUACGAGUCACCGAAAGUUGGGAUGAGGAUAAUGUUCAUCAUACCGACUCCUUGCAUUACGAGGGACGUGCUGUGGAUAUUACCACUUCCGAUCGUGAUCGCACCAAAUAUGGUAUGCUGGCGCGUCUUGCGGUAGAAGCAGGAUUCGAUUGGGUUUACUAUGAGAGUCGAGCGCAUAUACAUUGUUCGGUAAAAUCAGACUCCCAAAACAUACCACACGUAAGCGGCUGUUUUGCUGCGGACAGCAGCGUACUGCUCGAAAACGGGCAACGGAAAUUAAUGCGCAAUUUGAAAAUCGGUGAUCGAGUACUCGCCAUGAGCGCUACGGGUCAACCCGUUUACAGCGAAGUUAUACUCUUCAUGGAUCGCAAUUUAGAGCAAGACGAAAAUUUCGUACAGAUUCACACAGACGGUGGUGCUACGCUAACCGUAACACCAGCUCAUUUGGUAUUAAUUUGGCAUCAAAUUGAAAAGCGGCUGGACUAUAUUUUCGCCGAUCGCGUACAAGAAGAUGACUAUGUUUUGGUAUACGAUCAGUAUGGCCGUUUAAGUCCACAACGCGUAACACGUCUGAAGGCUGUGCAUAAGCUGGGUGUGGUAGCGCCUCUAACCCGCGAGGGCACCAUUGUGGUAAACUCGGUGACGGCUUCCUGUUAUGCGGUGGUGAAUAGUCAAAAAUUGGCGCAUUGGGGUUUGGCGCCAAUGCGUUUUAUGGCAGCUAUCAGUUCGUGGUUACCUGGUGGCAGCAAUGAUGUUGUGCCAACAACAGUAGCGGAGCAGACGAAGAGUGCGUCCAAUGCGACGUUGUACACCGAAACUCAGUAUAAGGGGAUUCAUUGGUAUGCGAGAUUUUUAUAUGCAAUUAAAGAUUUCGUUUUGCCGCAAGAGUGGCGAUACCAGUGACCUGAUCGAGGGCAUAUCUUAAGUAGAGAAGUGAGAUGUGUGUGUUUUGAGGGUGACGAGCCUAAUGGCUACUUCGCUAGUUGGGCGAAGCGCUAUUUUAGGUAAAACGAGGCAUCACCAAUCGUUUUAAAUAGUUGGAUGUACUGCAUUGUAAGCGACUUAGAAUUAUAAUUUUUUGAAUAUUUUGUUGACGCUGAAUGCUUACUACUUAUAGUUUAUUGAUUUGUUAGUUUCUAAGUAGGAAAUCUUUUAAUUUUUUUAUUAAUUCUAACUAAUUUAUGCUUCAGAAGAAAUGUGUGAAUGGAGACCAGCG